AGCACCCAUAGUGCGUAGCGACCAGCCACUCACCUUACCUCCCAGAGGCAAAAAAGAACUACAGUCCCCAUUUUUAAAAGUGAGUCGGUCUAGAAAUAGAGGGAUUUUGUUAAUGGAGAAAAAAUAACGUUAUAUUGGUAUCCUGCAGAGAUCGAAGUAUACACUUUUUGUUGCAGGUAAAAGUUUACCUAACAAUCAGAUAUCAGCCGCCGCAGAACUGCAGUACCCAAAGUGCUCCGCGCUGUGAACCGCUGGCGGAGAAGCGGAAGGCUCUGUUGGAAGUGUGGCAGAGAUGCCUGGAGAGACAGAUAUGGAGGAGAGUGCCCAAGAGGCAUUCUCCACUUGUUCCACUUCUACAGCUGACGAGACUGACACAUUGCCAAGCCUGCCAGAGAAUCUCUCGGAUGCAGAGGCAGUUCAGUUUCUGUGGGAAAUGAAGAUGAAGCGUCGGCGGCAGGCCCCCCAGCUUCCUGAUACUGUGACCAAACUACAAGCAGAAGAUGGAAGUCUAGUAUACCUGGUAGGAACAGCUCACUUUAGUGAGAGCAGCAAGCAGGAUGUAGUCAAGACAAUUCAGGCAGUUCAGCCGGAUGUGGUUCUUGUGGAACUGUGUCAGUACCGAGUUUCCAUGCUGAAAAUGGAUGAACGCACUUUGCUGAAAGAGGCUAAGGAGAUCAACAUGGAGAAAGUACAACAGGCCAUUAAACAGAAUGGUGUAAUGUCAGGUCUGAUGCAGAUUCUCUUGCUCAAGGUAUCUGCUCACAUCACUGAACAGCUGGGCAUGGCACCAGGUGGUGAAUUUCGGGAAGCCUUCCGUGAGGCUGGCCGAGUGCCUUUCUGCAAAUUUCAUCUUGGUGAUCGACCCAUUCCAGUCACAUUUAAGAGAGCCAUUGCUGCCUUGUCCUUAUGGCAGAAGAUGAAACUGGCCUGGGGUUUGUGCUUCUUGUCAGACCCCAUCAGUAAGGAGGAUGUGGAAAAAUGCAAACAAAAGGACCUUCUUGAGCAGACUAUGUCUGAGAUGAUUGGAGAGUUUCCAGACCUACACCGAACAAUUGUGGCAGAACGUGACAUCUACCUGGCCUACAUGCUUCAGCAGGCUGCCAAACGGGUGGAAGUGCUUCCCCUGGCAGAGAAGAUGCCAGCUGUAGUGGUGGGUGUGGUUGGGAUGGGCCAUGUCCCAGGAAUUGAGAGCAACUGGAAUAAACCGCUAAACAUCCAGGAAAUCAUGAGUGUGGCCCCACCUUCUCUGUCUGGCACUCUCCUGAAGACUGCGGUCAAGGGUGCACUAAUUGGAGUGAUGGGCUACUUGUGUUAUCGUGCAGGAUCUGGUGUCAGCAGGGCACUUAUGUCCACGUCCAUGAUCCAGGCCUUCUUCAGACAUUUCUCUUCCAAAGGACCCUGAAUGACUAAUUGGAACCUUCAGCUGAACUUGCUGGUACCCAGCUUGUGGACUUGGGCUCCUUUUUAUGGCUCCUUAAAUUUUAAUGUUUGCCUUAAUUCUCCUGGCUGUAGGGGACUCUCCUGUCUGCUGGAGAAAGGGAAGAAGUUUGCAGCAGUGUGCCCCUCACCUCCUCCCACUGCCUCCUGUCUAUGGACUCGAUGCAAAGAGCAAGCCAUCCUCCCCUAAAAUCUAAACUUCUUCUCUACCUCUGUGAAUGACAAAUCAUUUUGAACUGAAAUUUUGCAAGGGCUACUAUUUUGCCCUUGUGAUGCAGGACUCCUUUUAAUCUGUGGGUCAUUCUCUUACUUUCUGUCUGGGGCCGGCACCUGCUUCAUGUCCUAUUGUACGUAAGGUACCAACAGAGGAGCUUGCAGUCCCACAGCCUUAUCACUACUGCCUUAUGUGGAGGUCUUGGACUGUGGGUUGCUGAAUCCUGUCUGCCUCUCAUCAGUGUGAGAUUAUGUGAGGUCUGUGCAUAAUGAACUCGCAUAAGAGUGUCAGUGUAUGGUGUUUAGGUAUCGCCUAUAAUGGGUAUCCUAAUUUAUGAAGUUUGCCAGUAGCAUAUGCUGUCUGGCAUAGACAACCUGCAACCCUGGUACCUCCAUUGCCCUAAUUGCUAUCGUGAAUAAUUUCAUUCUUUCCGUUAGAGUAAGAUUUGCCAGCUAUGCUCACUCAUUAGAAUAGCAUAGGUUCUCGGGAGGGCUGACUCAACUUGUUGGGGUUGGGGGUUAAGAUGGUAUGUUAUUGGGAAGCAGGCAGGUUUUGGGUGAACUGGUCUGGGAGAAGUUUAAUAAUGAGAUAUUGCUGCACCCUUGUUCUCCCUACCCACUGAGGGAUGAGCAGAUGGUGCUCUAGUAUAGACUGGCAGUUAUUGGUUGUCCGCUGUGCAAUACUGGGUUGUUUUUUUCAUAACCAUGCACUGUCUGCAGCACCACUUAACUGCCUAUUAGUUGAGAGACCUACUGAUGCCUUUGCUGUAGUGUCUCUUUUAAUUUGAAUCAUAAGAGAUGCAAUAUAUGUGGGGUGUGAGUUUCCCAAGCUGGGCUCCCCAACUUUUUGGUGCCAGUCACACAUUUUCAGUCAUGCCAAAUAGGAAGUGUGACAUGGUGACUUCUUUAAAUAAAGUUUUAUGUGAUAAUGCUUGUUGUUUUUUUGUUUAUAGAGACGCACACGGGCUAAACAUCAACUGGUUCUUUUAUUUUCUGUUAAGAUGAGGGUUUAAUUGCAAGUGCAUAAAUUAAUUGUGGCAGCCCAGGCUCUGACAACUUAUGUAUAUUGGUGGGAUAUAUGGGGAAAAUGGAGGAUGAGUGGAUGGUCAAGUAUUACAAUUAAUGUUUAAAUGAAUUUGGAAAUAGUGCACUUCAAAAAUACUGCAGAAAAAAACUUUUAAAAUAAUCAGUUUCAAAAUGUAAAAUAGUUAAAAUGGAGCAGAAAAAUGAGAGUCUAAUUGGAGGACAUCUGUAGUCCAUUAUACGGAAUUGCAUGGGAGAGAAAUAAAAUCCUUUAGAGAAAGUC